AUGAAUAUAAAGGAUUCAUUACAACUUGCAUAUAAAUGUAUUCUUAAUUCAUUUUAUGGUUAUGUCAUACGAAGAGGUUCACGAUGGCAUCGAAUGGAAAUGAGAGGAAUUGUAUGUACAACAGAUUCAACGAUCAUUAAACGUACUCGAGAACUUGUUGAAGAAAUUGGACGACCUUUGAAAUUUGAUACAGUAAGAUAUCGAUUAUUGUUAUCUAGUAAAUAUUGCUGUUUUAGGACGGUAUAUGAUGUGUAUUACCAGCAACAUUUCCUGAAAAUUAUCAAUUAAUAAUACGUGAUCCAUCACGUCCAAAAGGUGUUAUAUCAUAU